AAAAAUUUAGUAAGAAAAAGUAGUAGGAAUUUUCCUUCUGCGAUUUUAUGUUAUUAGAUGAACGCUGAUCCCACCAAUCGAACGUAAAAUAUUGCACAAAUCGUAUAAAUUUACAUUAUUUCUUUCAACAAGUUCGUCGGAAUAUUUUAGAGCAGUUUGAAAUUUGCGGAACUGAAAAUACAAAAGCCGUUUAUUAAGAACAGGCGCACAAAGGAAACGCGGACUACACCGCCUCUAAAAUAUCAAACAAAGCAACAGUAGAGAAAAAUUUCGUUUUUUGCGUUGACAACUCAGACAAUUAUAUUUUUAGCAGUAUCACACUCUAAGAAAAUCAAAUUUUACGCUCACAAGACGAAGAAGAAACGAAAAAAGACGGAUAUUUAAAAUGUCUAGGAUGUUGACGGCCGCCUCGAUGCGGCUUUUUCGUGGCUUGAGCUCUAAGCAGCCAUUUCUCAACACUUCCCGAUAUCUGACCACCAAGAAGCCGACUGCUAAGUCAACAACGGCGCCCAAAUGCCAGAAAGACGAAAAGGAAAAGCCCCCACCACCGGGGACAUUUCCAAGCGGCGGCACACACGCAGUGUUCAGCGAUCUGCCAAAACCGGAGGGCGAUUUCAUGAAGGAAUGGUCUGCCAAGAACUCCAAAUACAACAUGAUACUUAUCAGUGGAAUUGUGGCAUUGGUCGGAAGCAUAGCUCUAGGCAUAUCCUCAGGCGUUAUGGAGCUUUACUGCUUUGUGCCCGAAUAUCCCUACACCAAGGAAGAAUUAGAAGAAUUUGAGAAGGAGGAGGUGCGCAAGCAGGAGGAGAUUGAUGCGCGCGAAGAGCGCCACAAGGACUUGGUUGAGGCGAAGGAGCUGACCAUAAGGCGUCGCAAGGCCAGGGACGCAAUGAAGCAGGAGGUUGCUUUCAUGCAGAAGGACAUAGAUGAGGGCCUAUCUGAUGGUGAACUUGCACAGUUACAAGACUUGGUUCAGAAACGCGAAGAGUUUGAGAAAUGGGAAGCGGAGGAGGAGAAACGCUUGAAAGAGCAGGCGAAGGAGAGAGAGAAGCUAAAGAAGGAGAAGGAGAAGGCUGAAAAGGAGAAGCAGAAGGAAAAGGAGAAAGAAAAGAAGGAGAAAGAAAAGGAGGCCAAAAAGAAGGCCAACUAAAGUUUUCCACCCAACAAGAAUAUUUUAUACUAAGUACAACUUAUUUGUAUUGAGGUUCAGGCCCAACACCUAUUUACCAAACAACGACACCAACAACAAUAAUCUACUACACCACCCAUCUACAGCAACAAAAACAAUAGCCAUGUUCAUAUACUCAAACGUUACAGAAAAUUAUCAAUAAAAAUCUUCGUUGUUUGGUAAAAAAUA